AUGGCGCUCAAUCCUCGAAGUCCUUCCGUACACAACCAGAUGAUUACCCGGUUCAUCAAGCAUCCAAAAUCCACCAACUUCGAUGGCGAGCAAGAUCGACCGGCCAAGCGCCAGAAGACGGGCAACAGCCCCAAGAAACCACCGCCAACACCACGGAAAACGACCAAGCGCGAAAUGCUCGACUCCGAAGACGAGUGUGAGAGCAUUGUGAUUAAAAAAGAGGAGAGAGAACACAAGACAGACCUGGAGACUGCGUUGCCUCAAGUCGAUACGAGUGAUGACGCCAUCAGAGCAUACGAGGCGUACAAGGCAGAGGAGGAGAGCAAAACCGAAAGAGCGGAUGAGCGUUUGGAGAAACGUGCAUGGAUUCGGGGUAAAAGUUCGCUCUAUGUUGAUGCAUUUAACUUAGCACUGGAUACAGUGUUGGAUGAAGAAAGCCAUCUCUUUGAUGAGGCUGAAACAGAAGUCUUUCGGAUAUGGAGGGAAAUAGGCUAUGAAGCACAGUAUUUAUAUGUACGGCUGUUCCUUCGCAAGACGUCCGUCUGGCAUCGGAUAAAGAACCUGGGCUACCAUAGUGAUAUUUCAGACCUUGAAGCAGCCGCCGAGACACUGCAGCGCACAUACAAUCUCCCUCCGUCUUCCUCCGAAGUUGAGUCACAUCCGGGCGAGUUGAAGGCACCAGCAGGGACGACAUUGGGCACCUCGUUCACAUUCGCGGACCGGUCCGAAGAGGAGAUAAGCACACUAGAGGAGGCAUCAUCGCUAUUGAAACUCGAUGAACUGAAGGUUCUUGCGAAAGACGCCAAGGUCAAAGGGAAGAACAAGGGGGAGCUCUUGAAGGCCUUGCGACGCACAAGCCAGAAACAGGCAGGUCUGGGCUACGUUGGACUGAAGCGGUCAGACUCGGAGAUUUCACGAGGGUCAUCCGCGUCUAGGUCUCGACCAGAAACACCAGAAGUCGAGCUAGAACCCGAAGGCGACCUCUCCGAUGAUGCCAAUCGAGACGCGCACUUUACGCGUAGGAUCAUGCAAGAGACGGGGCCUUGUAUACGACUAUCCCUGGAUACCUUGAAGCUUUUUGAGCGCGUCCAUCUUGUCUUCUACCGCUCCACGGAAUGGACCGAGAAGUCAUUAACGACAAUCAUCCUGGCGAAGAUCGCACGCUGGAACUUUCCAGAGUACAUCGUUUCUCGAUCUGCGAACAUAUUCGCCUCGCGUUCACUACUGCUAGAGUAUGAAGCUUCUAUACGAACACAAUAUCGAAUAGAUAGUAUUUUGGAGUUUAACGGAAGGCCAACGGAGAAGGGGUAUCAAGAAAUCAUAGAUACGUUUAACGAGGUUUAUCCGCGCUGGCAAGUUCUGGUUCAAGAGGAGCAACAGAAGGAGAAUAGCAUUUACCAAAGCGGCGAAGGAUCGUAUCUGCGCCGUCUUUCGCCAGCCUGGAUCUACACACGCAUCAUCCAUAAGGCGCUUGACGUGCUCAGGCGCCGGAAAGAGCAUGUGCGAGAACAUGAACUUCUGACCGAACUACUGCAGCAACGAUUGUUUCAUCAUUCCCGCAGAGGAGCAUGGUAUCAGCGCAAAGCAUUGCUUGAAGAACACUAUAUGGCUGCGCUGACCGAUUCUGAGAAGAGAAGUGCAGACAAACAGAAGAGACAUUGGAAGCUCAUUGCUUUGCAGACUUGUGAGGAUGGACUGCAAGAUAAUCUUGUGCAUAUUAUAUAUCACUAUGAUCUGCAGAAGCGCAUCACCAAACUUGAAUUGUCACUGAACUUUGCCAAACGAAUGCAACACGACUUCUCGCAUGUCCGCUUGACUAAGCCAGUUGAAGUUUCCAUGGAAGGAACCCGGAUCGAACGCGAGCGCCCUUCAUUGUCAAGAAGAAACAGCUCACCACACUCAAAAUUCGGUCGGCGGGGAGGAAAGACGAUAUGGAUCGAUCCGCGCGAGGAUGGGGAGUGCUCCGUAGAAGCAAUGUGCCUCUCACAUUACCGCAAUCGAGGCUGGAAAGGCUACCACAGCGAGGGUGGGAUUGUGCGCACUCUCUUUGCAUACCUGUUCUUCGACGUCCUGUUCACAUACGUACCCAACGUCUUCCAGACGCCAUACCAAACCUGUCCAUUAGACCUACAUACAGACGCGUUCUACGCCUCUCGUAUAUCAGAGAUCAAUGCACGGCUGAAUGAGAUAUCAAAUGGCGACGCACCAGCCAUCAUUCAAAGAAUAUACGAUGACCACCACGAGCGUCGAACUUGCGUUGUAGGUCUGGAUUGGACAUAUGAUGUUCUGGACCUACUCGAGAUCGCUCAUUGCUUUGAUGGUGAAGCGCUAGCGACUGUGUGCAAGGUCAUGGCGCAAGAGUAUGGACAGAGAGGAGGCGGUGUACCGGACCUAUUUCUCUGGCGGAUAUCAGAAGAAGGGAAGAAGGGUGAAGUCAAGUUUGCGGAAGUCAAGAGUGAGAACGACCGUCUGAGUGACACGCAGAGGCUUUGGAUACAUGUGCUGUCCGGUGCGGGAGUGAGAGUUGAGCUGUGCGCUGCGGUGGCGAAGGAAGUGAAGGUCAUUUGA